AUGUCGCAACAAACUGUUAUUCGCCUUCCCGGCGAGCGGAACUCGAUCCAAAACUUCAAGGCCGUCCAGGAAUCUAUCCCAGUCCCUGCCAAGCACGAAGUUUUGAUCAAGGUUCACGCUGUGUCAUUGAACUACCGGGAUGUCGGUGUCGCCCUCUCGUUAUACCCAUUCCCUGUCAAGGACAAUGUUGUCCCGUGUUCCGAUGCUGCCGGUGUUAUCGUUAAGGUUGGCGAAGGCGUCAAGAAUGUCACGAAGGAUGAUCACGUCAUUACUACCUUCGAUCCUACCAAUAUUUACGGCCAACAAAUGGAUUGGAACAACGGCCAUGGUGCACCAGUAGAUGGUGUCCUCCGAGAAUACAUUACCGUCCCCGCUGCCUCCGUCGUCCAAGUCCCCAAGGACUCACCCCAGAGCUUCUCGGAGUGGUCCACUCUGGUCUGUACUGGUGUGACCGCAUGGAAUGCCCUCUAUGCCCUGACGCCACUGAAGCCCGGACAAACUGUACUAUUUCAAGGAACUGGCGGCGUUUCCCUCACGGGAUUGAUCCUAGCCAAAGCCGCAGGAGCAAUUACUAUUGUGACUUCCUCUAGCGACGAUAAGCUCGCCUUAGUCAAAGAAAAGUUCGGCGCGGACUAUACCAUCAACUACAAGUCUCAUCCUGAGUGGUCCAAGGAGGCCUUGAGACUCACUAACGGAGAAGGCGUCGACUACGUAUUUGAAAACGGUGGUUCCGGCACCAUCGCUGAAAGUAUCAACUCAGUUAAGAUGGGCGGCAAUGUUUCAGUCAUUGGGUUCCUUUCCAAAGCAAAGGAAAUGCCUGAUGUCGCAAGUCUAGCUCUUGCUAAGGGAGCGGUGGUUCGCGGUGUUGUCGUUGGAUCUACGCAGCUUUUGCAGGAGGUUGUCCGUUUCGUUGCCCGCAAAGGUCUUCGUUUGCCUGUCGAGAAGGAGUUUGGUUUCUCCCAAGAGGAAACCAUCAAGGCAUUUGAGUAUCUGACUUCCGGAACUCACAUUGGCAAGGUGUGCAUCAAGGUUGUUGGAUAA